GCGGUUUAUGAUAUAGUGGAAGAGAGGAUGGAAAAUGAGCCGGACUUCCAGUACAUCCCGGAGAAAACACCCAGAGACAGCAUUCACUCUGAGGACGAUGCCCUGAGGGAGUCGAUGAUACAGUUGGCUGAGGGUCUGCUCAACGGGACGGUCCUGGCACAGUUUGAUCAACUGUACAGGAAGAAGCCCGGGAUGACAAUGUUGUGUGCCAAAUUACCUCAGAACAUCUGUAAGAAUCGAUACAGAGACAUUUCGCCUUAUGAUGCUACACGAGUUAUAUUACUUGUUGGGGACGAUUACAUCAAUGCAAAUUAUAUUAACAUGGAAAUCCCUUCUUCCAGCAUAAUAAACCGCUACAUCGCGUGCCAGGGCCCCCUGCCCAAUACCUGUCCGGACUUCUGGCAGAUGACGUGGGAGCAGGGCUCCUCCAUGGUGGUGAUGCUGACCACACAGGUGGAACGUGGAAGGGUAAAGUGCCACCAGUACUGGCCGGAGCCCAUAGGGAGCUCUGAAUUCGGCAAUUUCCAAAUAACCUGCCACUCGGAAGUAGGAAACCCAGCGUAUGUUUUCCGAGAGAUGACACUGACAAACUUGGAGAAAACCGAGAGCCGUCCUCUCACACAGAUCCAGUACACGGCCUGGCCGGAUCAUGGCGUCCCAGACGAUUCCAGUGACUUCCUGGAUUUUGUGUGCCUUGUAAGGCAGAAGAGAGCCAACCACGAUGAGCCAGUGGUGGUACACUGCAGUGCUGGGAUUGGUCGAACAGGCGUUCUUAUCACCAUGGAGACGGCGAUGUGUCUGAUGGAGUGUAACCAGGCUGUGUACCCGCUAGACAUCGUACGAACAAUGAGAGACCAGCGGGCUAUGAUGAUUCAGACUCCGAGCCAGUACCGCUUUGUGUGUGAAGCCAUCUUGAAGGUAUAUGAAGAAGGGAUCGUAAAGUCUCCAAAAACAUCACAUCAUUAA